AUGCUCCUCGACACAUCGAACUCCUUUCUUUGGACAGGUUGCGAACUUGCAAUUCUCGAUGACGACCACUCUAACAUACACGUUUUCGCAUGUCCUUAUAAUGCCAACCUUCCUAAUUCGUCUUACCAUGCCUCCAAGCCUCCAGAGCUACUAUCCAUCGAACACAUCCUGAGUAUCCCUGUCUAUCAGUAUGCACAGGUAUCGCUAGUUCCAACGGUGGAAAAAGAUAUUCCUUCAAUCUCACUUCUCAUCAAUGAAUCCAUGCUAAUCGUGGUUGAUCGCUGUGGCGGACUGCUUCGGCUCUAUGCCGAGGAAAAUGUCGGGUGCGCAUUUGCGGAAAUCUGUAACAUCCUUCGUUUGACAGAAACACGCUAUCUUCUAUUUACCACAAAGGAUAUCGUAGAUCUGGAUUUGGAACUACAUGCGCCCCAGGCUUACGUUGAUGUGGGUAGUUCCCAGGUUAUCCACAUGUCUGACGACCCCGCGUCAUUUAUAAACGGCCCCGCACUUAACAUUAACCCAAAGUAUGUCUAUGGUCCUAAGCAUCUUCACGUUUUAGUAAUGGUUAGUAGCGACAUCUACCUUCUCAAAAUUUACGAUAUCAGUACUCGGAGAUUGGUUUGUCAGAUUUAUUUUUAUGAGCGUAUCAUUUCCCUGCAGGAGCUUCCAGGCACAGGGUACCUGGUCGUAGGUGACACAGGAAAAAUAUACCAGGUGCACUUUUAUAACGAUGCAUUUGUAUGCUCCAGCGUUGCACUGAAAGGAUUAGACCUAACACAGAACAUCGAGAAGUUCCUUGUCUUGCCACACUACGUGGCCGUUGAGACCGAAACACGAAUGCAGUACCUUUACUCCAUCGUGUGGGAGCAAGGUGUCCUGAUAUUCGACCGCCUCUUGUGGUCUGAUGACGCAUCCCUGGCCCUCUCAGCAAUCCAGGAGAAACCUGGGGCAUCUGAUCUCUUGUCCCUCAUAGCAACCAUGUAUCACGCCUCCAACAUGGUCACACAACAAGCCUCUCCUCCUUCAGAAUCCAACACGGAGGUCGCCCUGUCUCCAAGUGCGCUGUCUUCCAUGAAACAGACACUGAGUACAUCGUGCCAAGCUCCCUUUGACACACCGAGUGCAGGGGUCUUGGGUGGAGCUCCCGCCCUGCGGGCUGUUCACAAUCAUCAGCCUGCCUAUGCUCAUUCGUUGCUGAAGAAUCUAGUAAUCCACGUGUCCAACAAUACAAAUGUUCUUCUCCUUGUUCUCGAUGGAGGAUUUGUGUUAUCACCGUUAACAGAGCCCACCAGCAGUGGAGCUAGCUUCAUUAUUAGGGAGGAAUCUGAGGUCAUUUUCUCUGAGGUGCUGUCUGCUAUGAUAGGGCAUGAAAUGCCGCUGAAUGCAAUUCUCAAUGUCACCGUUCUCAAGGCCUCCAGUUACGGAUUUGUCUUCCGCCUCUUGAACCUCAGCACGGGAUCCUCGUUUGACUUCCCAUUCACAAGCACCAGUCUUGCUCGACUGGUACAGGGGUCCAGUGGUGAGCAACCCGCUUUUAGGGCCUAUAGCGUCUUUUCAGUCGAGGACUACAUCGUGACUUGGCUAUUGAUUGGCAGUGUGUGCUUUGGAUUCUACCUUUCGUUCAAAACGCGGACAUGUCUCACUGCAGAGUUUCAACUCGAGGGUGAGGCCUACUUCUCUUAUCCACUUGUCCGUCCUCUGUACAAGGGCGAUCAGAUCGAUGACUCUGGCGUCACAGGACAAUACAUUCUGACAUACUACAUCCUGGAGGUGCACAGGAGCGCAGACGCGGACCCUGAAGAACCAGGCACUCAGGCUGUUGCAGGCCAGCGGUCGCUACUAUCUCUCUUCGUUUCAACGAGGACACAUGUACUAACAGAGUUCAGCGACUCCACGUUCCAGAUAACUGAGAUAGCCACCAUUACACCCAUCUCCAUUCAGUAUGAGAUGCUUCUGCAGAGCCAGAACACGUUGCUGCGAGCAAUGAUGGUACCCUAUCUGAUUCUCUCUGAGUCCUCCUUCAUUCUAAUCACAGAGACAACCUCGGAGACGUGCUUCUAUCUCUUCGUGCUCGAUGCUCAUCGAGGGACGGCAGAUGUCUCCCUACUCGAGCACGACAUUGCACUGGGGUUUCUGUGUGAUCACAACGACUCGCUGGGUCAGUUUGGAUACACUAAAAUGGAGACUUUCCAUCUAAGCGGCCUGGUGGACUUCUACAUAAGCGGGAUACUGCGCCAGAGGCUAAGCGAUAGGACUACUAAGCGUACAGCGCAAGCAGACGCCCUUGGAGAUCGACAGGGAGAAUCGCUUGCUAAUAGGGAUACCACAGGCCUUACACCGGUCUCCACGGAAUUCUCUGGUACUUCAUUGAAGGGAACGGUCGAAAGCUUCCUCAUGCACAGACAGCCCUCCAAAGAUCCCGAGGUCUCGGUGGCUAGUGCACCAACUCUUCAGCAUCUCCUUGAAAACAUCCCGGUAGAUGUUCAUCCCAUUAUCGCCGAUGGAUCACUGGCCUCCAUGAACGAUCAAAUAGAGAGGCUGGUCAUAGACAAGCAGUACAACCCCUACGUAUCCCUGUCUGCUGCGAAGAAGCACAAGAAGGUGCGGCGCUCCCUCUACGUUUCCGUUGAUAAUGACACCGACAUGUCCGACGACCUCCUCUCUGAAUCCAGCGCGACCAGAAGUUACGCACUGUCUGCCCACGGCUCCCAGUUCCACGACGAUGGCAUGACGAGUGCAAUCUCCUUGAAGAGGAAGUUGGACACAUUCAAGAGAAGAGAAGGCUAUGCAGGAGAGUAUGCGAUCCGGCCGAUGAAAGGAAGGGUGCACCGCUUUCUUCGCCUCUGCAUAAACAUCUCCUCGGCAACAAGCAAGCAGAGUAUAGACUAUAGGGCUGAGUUAGAGAGCAUAGACAAUAUCCUGAAGGAGCUUGCUGUCUCACCCAGCCUAGAUCACACUAUUGGUGCAAGUGCCAGCCUCAGCGUCCCUAUGACACCGGCAUGGGUCGAUGCGAUGAUCAGCAGGUUUGCUUUUGAGUAUCCAGCAGCGGGAGUUUCCGUGGAAGCCCCUACGUCUCCACGCGCUCAUCAACACGCUGGCAGCACAGUUGUUCCGGAGAUGCUCCAGCAAGAGCGCAGUGCUAUCACACAUGUACUAUCUGAUGAGUUGCAGCCAGCAUUGGAGAGUGACGACAAUGAGUCUAGUUCUAACGAAAGUAUCGCUGACCAUAUAAGUGCUACUCCACGGCUUCCAUCGAAGUAUUCGACGACUAGUCAGAUGUUAAGUGUCAUGUAUGAUGCAGCUGCAAGCCCCACACCGAGUUUGCUCGAGGCCGUUGUUGAGGCAUAUCUUCCCUCGGACUACUACUCUCUGGACUCCCUUGGGUUCCUCCAGGUCUAUAACAGUACACAACGAAUUCUGGCGACCAUCCUAAUUACCCCGUUGAAAAGGCUCUACCACAACAUCUUUAUGGUGAUGGCUCAGAAAGACGGGUUCAUAACAGAGGGCCUACGGAGCCGGCUCAAGCUUGGGCGCGCCUCAACGUCAGCCUGUCAGCACCUUGACUUCUUCGCGUCAGACCUACUCAACUGCCGCGAAGUUGUCAAUUGCCUGCUCACAGAGCUUACUCCGGACCACCUUUAUAAUCACAAGCUCUCUUUCACUCUCAGUUGCCUCUCUGUGUUGGUGAUGGCAGGCGUGCUCUACAGGUUCCUCCAGGAGGCCGAUCGAAGGCCCUUCCUAUCAGCUAUUGACGCAGCUUUGGGGUUUGCAAUUGAAAGCUAUUUGUUGGCGAAUCCGGGGCGUCUUCCUUCUAUGCGUCUCGUGUUCCCGUUCUUGGCUAUUAGCUCGCCGUUCUCUAAGUUUGCGGCCGUUGCAUUUUUACGGCUACUCACUGCACGCCUCUCCAAGCUUCUUCUCGAAGAAGCCAUCCCUAAGAACACCCUUAACACGCUGGUACUUGCAACAACCGAGGUGUGCGAGCUCAGCUUUAAGCUUACGCUGUGCACGCAGCUCCCACCUAUACACAUCCUGGUCAUUCACCGUGAGAUCUUCUACAAGGCUGUGCUCGCUUUUGAAGCCCUGGCAUUCAUAAAGAACUUGAACCUAAGCGAACAGCUAGGUCUGGAAGAGCAUGUGACAGCCCUUCUCGAUGCAACCCUAGAUGAAUCCACAGCCAUAGCGUGCUACUUUAGGAACAACUUUGCCGAUGCCGACUUCAAGCGUCUUUCUCCCGGCUUUGCCUCAUACUUUUUGACUAACCUGGCCUUCUUGCUCCGCACGGUCUGCACCUAUGCAUCGGCAGUACCCACGCUGAUGCCAGCCCAGUGCAGCCAUAUCCUGCUGAAGACCACUGCCCUGCAAGAGCUGGUUGGUGCCUCAUCGGCUCUUGUCUCUAGCUGUAAAGGAAUCUCGGGGUACUACAGGGGCCUUUACGCAUCUAACAACAGUAUAGGCACCACCAGCCGAGCACAGAAGGGUGAGGGCCCUGCUUGCCAAUGCCAUCUGCACGAGUGCUUCUUCGAGGAUGCUCAGAAGAUUUUAUCUGAGUCGCCGACCACGCUCUCCAUUCGGUCCAUCUACGUGUUUGUUAAAUACGUCAGGAGGCAUGAGCAGAACGUCUGGAGGCACCACUCCACCCGGUUCAUACAGCUGCUGGUCUGCCAGAUGCAGAGGCUUUCUACACUGGAUCGGACAACAGACAGCUUGAUCGGAGCAGGCCCUCUGACCACCCUUCCGCUUGAGAACUCUGUUCUUAACCGGAAAUCCCUCCUGGCUUCUCUGCGUGAGUGUCUCUUCGACUUUUCCUAUUCUUUAUCCCCGAUUGUGCUGGUUCGCCUAACCACAGGCAACGAUAUUUCCGUCCUUCAUGGCUUCACUCCUGGCUUCCUCACGAUUAAGUUCCUCGAAUCCUCCACCCAGGCCCUCAAUCUGCAGAAGCCUCUGGUUCUUGAGCAGGCAUACAAUUACUUCCUGGAGCACAAGGCGGAGCGCUAUAAGCUGAGCAUGCUACCGCCAUUUAGCCAGCUGAAUGACCCUUUGUUAGGAAUCUCUUCUAAUAAGUACAAGACUUAUGGCAAGAUCCUCCCCUGCAUAUCCUUCAUCUCUGUAGAUCCUCAAAACGAACUUGCACUUGUGUACUGCCAUAAUUAUAACGCUCUCUUCGUCUACAAGCUCUCCACAAACGUCGACGACGUGUACCUGGUGGGGACUGGCUCCACGGAUCUUUUCACCAUCAUUUCUCCGGGCUCACAAACCCUUCUGGCUGCCAAGGUUGUCUGGACAGAGGUCAAAAAGGCCAUGAGGUCAUACACAGUUUGUGAAGUCCACUUUAUUCACGGGGACUCUCCCCAAUCAGUGGCCAGCAUAGAGGAGUACAUAUGGAAGACAACUAGGCACGAAAAGCCUGUGAAGCACCUAGCCCUCUUCUCUGUGGAGGAUGAGCAGGAGGAGUACGAGCACAGACAGCAAGAAGAGCACCGCACAGAUGCAAAAGAUUCAAUACCAAAGCCCGACAGGCGGCAGUCUUACCUGGUUACACAGGAGAAGACGACCACAAAAGAAACAAUGACCGUGAGGCUCAAGAUCAAGCGAACGGUAGCACAUUAA